AUGGUGAUAGAAGACGUUCAUGGUGAUUGCCAAUUGGAGUUCAUGAGCCAGAAUCGCAGGAGGACACAUAUGAGUUGUGGAAACAUUAGAGAUCAUUCAGAUUUGAGGGGCAAAGUCCAGCUUUCUAUUGCAAAGGAGAAAAGCAUCGGAGGUGUCGAAGGAAAGCCCAGCCCAUUAGUUUAUAAAGUCGCCCUCUGA